GGCAGGGAGGAGGAAGUUGGGCGUCAACCUAAGACCAGGCUCACCGGAUUGCUGGGAAGGUUACCGAGAUGCUGUGUGGUAAGUACUGAGAACAGCCUGAGGGUUUGUCUUUCACUCCUUCCCCUCAUGGGGGCUGCAAACUCACCCCGUGGCCUUUCUGUCCUUCCCUCAGGGCCCGAAGUUGCUCAGCCUGAAGUAGACACCACCCUGGGUCGUGUGCGAGGCCGGCAGGUGGGCGUGAAGGGCACAGACCGCCUUGUGAAUGUCUUUCUGGGCAUUCCAUUUGCACAGCCGCCACUGGGGCCUAACCGGUUCUCAGCCCCAUGCCCAGCACAGCCCUGGGAGGGUGUGCGGGAUGCCAGCACUGCGCCCCCAAUGUGCCUACAAGACGUGGAGAGCAUGAACAACAGCAGAUUUGUCCUCAACAGAAAACAGCAGAUCUUCUCUGUUUCAGAGGACUGCCUGGUGCUCAACAUCUAUAGCCCAGCUGAGGCCCCCGCAGGGGCCGGUAGGCCAGUCAUGGUAUGGGUCCAUGGAGGCGCUCUGAUAACUGGCACUGCCACCUCCUACAAUGGAUCAGCCCUGGCUGCCUAUGGGGAUGUGGUGGUGGUUACAGUCCAGUACCACCUUGGGGUCCUUGGCUUCUUCAGCACUGGAGAUGAGCAUGCACCUGGCAACCAGGGCUUCCUAGAUGUGGUAGCUGCUUUGCGCUGGGUGCAAGGAAACAUCACCCCGUUUGGGGGUGACCUCAACUGUGUCACCGUCUUUGGUGGAUCUGCCGGUGGAAGCAUCAUCUCUGGCCUGGUCCUGUCCCCGAUGGCUGCAGGGCUGUUCCACAGAGCCAUCACACAGAGUGGGGUCAUCACCACCCCAGGGAUCAUCGAGUCUCACCCCUGGCCCCUAGCUCAGAAAAUCACAAACACCUUGGCCUGCAGCUCCAGCUCCCUGGCUGAGACGGUGCAGUGCCUUCGGCAGAAGGAAGGAGAAGAGCUGGUCCUUAGCAAGAAGCUGAAAAUUACUAUCUAUCCUCUCACCGUUGAUGGCACUGUCUUCCCCAAAAGCCCCAAGGAACUCCUGAAGGAGAAGCCCUUCCACUCUGUGCCCUUCCUCAUGGGUGUCAACAACCAUGAGUUCAGCUGGCUCAUCCCCAGGGGCUUGGGUCUCCUGGAUACAAUGGAACAGAUGAGCCGGGAGGACAUGCUGGCCAUCUCAACACCCGUCUUGACCAGUCUGAUUCUGGAAGCCCUGUGUUUUUCUAUGAGUUCCAGCAUCGACCCAGUUCUUUUGUGAAGAUCAAACCCGCCUGGGUGAAGGCUGAUCAUGUGGCUGAGGGUGCUUUUGUGUUUGGAGGUCCCUUCCUCAUGGAUUAGAGCUCCCGCCUGGGUGAGGACAGACAGACAGACAUGUGAUCCCUAGGCUGCCAGACUCCAAGGGGCCUGGGCAGGGCUUGUGGGAACACGGGUCUCCAGUCAGCACUGAGGAUUCUUGGGUCCCUUCCAGGUCCCACCUGACUCUCGUUCAGUUCUGUCCCUCUCACCUUUCCAGCCUUUCCAGAGGCCACAGA